UUUACAAUAUUUGGAGAUGCUUGAACUCGCCAAGAAUUACAAUGAAGCUCUCGAAGAUGAAAAAAAAGAACACCAUCGAGAACUGGCGAUUAAGAUUGUUGGAACGCAAGAUCCAAAUGUCACUUGGAUUAAAUAUGUGGAAGAUUAAAGUUAGAGAAGAGGAUAUUGUAUAUUAAAAUCAGUGUCAAUCAUUAGAAAGAGCGACGAUUGAACGAUGAGAACUUCUCAUUUGCGACAAUUUCAAAUAAAUUAAUCAAGCUAGCUUCGAAGGAGCUUUUAAAAAGGAACUUAAUAAUUGGAUUAAAAGACAAACGAAACAGUUGGGCAUUGCUGACAAAGGAUGAAAUCGAUGUUAUCAUUUUUGCCUCGCCUCUCCGACCCUGUUGGAAUUCUUAAAGAUAACAUGGUAUAGAAAUUAAUAAAAUAUUGUGUUUUUCACAAACACAUUUUAAUGUUUCUAUCAAGUCAAGUGAACGUUCGUUGGAGCAGUGAAAAGGGAAUCACUCGCUCUCUUCAUUUUAUUCAACGUAAAUGGGCUUGUCUUUUGCUUACAUAUUUUUUGGUUUUCUGCUUAGUUAAAUAAGCUUUCGAAAGAAGAUAUGCCAUCACCUACUGAUGAUGCCAAUCGUUUUGAUAUAGCGAAUGAAAUCAGGACAUCGCCGAUUGCUCAUACUUUUACUUCUUCUCUUUUCCAUUCCAUUCCUGUUGUUGAGCGCACUUCGAACACAAGACUGUUGUGCAAGCCGUGAACAAAUUUCAUUUUUUGUUUGACAAGUAUAAAGUAUUAGAAUUACAAUGGAUGAAGACACAGGAAUAUUAUCUCAUCAAAAUACAGCUUGGCUUGAAAAAGAAGUUUUAAAUGGAUUGCGAUUGUGGCAUGUUAUAGGAAUCGCUAUAUUUAGUAUAUUAAGCGUCAUAGUACUACUCUGCUGUUGUUUCCGCUUUAGAAUUCCAAGAACAAAGCAAGAAAUCGAAGCAGAUUAUCAAAGAAGAAAGAUCGUUAAGAAAUUCCGCAAAAGAAUUCAAAAGUUUGAAAAUUGUGAAAUGGAUGCUGAAAUGGAUUUGAAGAAAGCAGCCUUGGAAAAAAUCCGCGCCGAUUUUGCUAAUGAAAAGCAUAAAUCAUCGGAUAAUAGCAGCGAAAGCAACGAUGAGAGUCAUUAUGAUGGAAAUCGAACUGGAACAAAGAAGAAACGUUUGAUUUCAGUUCCAAAACGUGAUCAGCUCAUUCAAACAAUCUACACUGGUUAUGAUAAUAAUUCGGAAGCACCAUUAUCGCUCGAAACGGACGGAGCUUAAAAUAAAACUGUCGUCGAGCUACAAAUAAAUUGAAAAUUUAAAAUUUGAUGUUCAUUGUUAGAGAUUUAUGUCGAAUGUGAUUAGAAAAUAAAAGUUUAGAAAAAUUUUCGAGCUCAUGAUAAGACAGAAAAAAAGAAAAAUUUCCAUCGUCUCAUAAUGUUUUACCGGCAAUUAAAAACUGGGAUCGUUCCAAU